GCUCAGCUACUGCUCCCCUCCAUCCAAAAUUUUUUGGUCUCCUGCCAGUCCCGUAUAUAUAGAGAUAGUUCUGAGAUGAGAUGGGCUGACCCAUUGAACUAUUCAUUGUCUAUACUUUCAGAGUUCGACUGGAGAACAAUGAGCAGAAUGACCGGUACAAGUUGGAUGUUUCCAUUGCUGGGACUAUUGGGAUCCGCUACGGCAACCACUUUCAACGUUACCCACUACCCGCCAGCGAACACGAGCAACACUGUCUUGUCCGAAGUUAUUGACGGUUCCGGAGCCCCUGGAAUCUAUAACUCAUCUACGACUCCCGCUGGAGAAUAUGGAAUCUACAACUGGUGUGCCAUGCCCCACGUCCGAAAGGAAGAGUACCAAAAGGUCUCCAGUGACUACACUUUGAAGUACCUAGAGGUUAUUCAGAGGCACAACAAACGUACUCCCUACUCGUCCAACACCUUUUUCAAGGAGGACAUCUCAUGGGACUGCGAGGGCGAGGGACCCUACGCCUACGCUCGAAAUGCCAACCAAUUCAACACUACCCCCAUUUACUGGCAGGCUGAGGUCAACACCUUGAACCCAUUCGAGUACACCGUUGGACCUGGUUUCAUCAACUCUACUUGCCAGUUCCCUAUGGAGACAUCGGCCGGUCUGGAAGACUCUCGAGUACAUGGUGAAGACUUCCGAGGCGUGUACGGAGACAUGCUCCAGUUUUUGCCUUUGUCUUCGGAGAGAGAAAAGUACCAAUGGCGAGUGACGAACAACCCCAUCACUUCGCAAACUCUGGCCGGAUACGCCGCCGGAAUCUACCCUGACAUUGACGACUAUUAUGCGUUGAUCCAGAGCGACGCCUACGACUCCCUUGAACCCGCUUUCAGCUGCCCUGCCGCCUCCGCUAUUAAAGCUGCUCAACUUGCCUCCGACCCGUGGAUUGCUCACUUGAAUGAAAGUCAAACGCUUCGGGAGAAGAUGAAUAACAUCUCUGGUAUCGCCGCCAAUGACACUGCUGGAUGGCACAACUCAUGGGAUCAUUACUACGACAAUCUGUCCGCCAAGCAGUGCCACCAGAAGGCUCUGCCUUGCUCUCUCAACGACACUAGCCUCUGCGCUUCGCAAGAGGACGCCAAUGCCAUCUACAGGCUCGGAAACUGGGAGUACUCUUACUGGUGGCGAGGAGACACCAACUCUACCCUGCGAUCAGUCCUGACCAUGGGACCUUGGUACCGAGAGCUUCAGGGUCAUUUCGCCGACGUCGUCAGCGGCAAGAGCUGCAUGAAGUAUUACCACAACUUCGCUCACGAUGGCUCGAUGGCGCCUGCCCUUGGAAUCUUGCAGAUCGACGAGCCCGUCUGGCCCGGUAUGGCAUCUGAGCUUGUCUUCGAGCUCUACGAGAAGGCUUCCAACUACUUCCUCAGAAUCCUCUGGGGAGGUCAGCCACUCAAAACCUCGACUCCCAUGGGCACUCUCGACAUGAUUUCCCUGGACGACUUCAACUCGUACCUCGACAACAUGUUCCCCGAGGACUUUGUCGCGGCCUGUAAUGCUUAGGGAGAGAUGCUGGGAUGUGGAGCAAGUCUGGAGACGUUUAUUAUAGUCGUUGGGAGCAGAGUAUAAUCAUGCAUAGACCUUUACGGAGA